AUGAGCGAGGCGGACGGUCACGCCGGGGACGAUGGGGCGAGCCGCCCCGCGCCCCGGCUGAACGAGAGGAUCCUCUCGUCCCUGUCGCGGAGGUCCGUGGCCGCGCACCCAUGGCAUGACCUCGACAUCGGCCCUGACGCUCCCGCUGCGUUCAACGUUGUCGUGGAGAUCUCGAAAGGGAGCCAGGUCAAGUACGAGCUCGACAAGAAAACGGGGCUCAUCAAGAUCGAUCGCGUGCUGUACUCGUCGGUGGUGUACCCGCACAACUACGGCUUCAUCCCGCGAACGCUCUGCGAGGACAACGACCCCAUGGAUGUCUUGGUGCUCAUGCAGGAACCAGUUCUUCCUGGCUGCUUCCUCCGAGCCAGAGCGAUCGGCCUCAUGCCUAUGAUUGACCAGGGAGAGAAGGACGACAAGAUCAUAGCUGUCUGCACCGAUGAUCCCGAGUACCGCCACUACAAUGAUCUCAACGAGCUCUCGCCUCAUCGCGUCCAAGAGAUCCGAAGGUUCUUCGAGGACUAUAAGAAGAACGAGAACAAGGAGGUUGCCGUCAACGAGGUGCAGCCUGCGAGCGCUGCCCGCGAUGUCAUCCAGUACUCCAUGGAUCUCUAUGCACAAUACAUUUUGCAGAGCCUGCGGCAGUAG